AUGAUGAGUUUGAACAGCGACGUUAUGCCGCAGUAUCGACAGGAGGCACCUAAAACACCCCCGCACAUUCUUCUUCAUUACUGUGCCUUCAAGGCCAUUUGGGACUGGGUCAUCCUUUGCCUCACCUUCUACACGGCGAUCAUGGUGCCCUACAACGUGGCCUUCAAGUACAAGACCUCUGAGGACGUGUCCUUGCUGGUGGUGGACUCUAUAGUGGAUGUCAUCUUCUUUAUAGACAUUGUGCUCAACUUCCACACGACCUUCGUCGGGCCUGGCGGGGAAGUGGUGUCGGAUCCAAAGAUCAUUCGAAUGAACUAUUUGAAAUCUUGGUUUCUAAUAGAUCUUUUAUCGUGCCUACCAUAUGAUGUAUUCAACGCGUUCGACCAUGAUGAAGAUGGCAUCGGGUCAUUGUUUUCUGCUCUAAAAGUUGUACGACUUCUGCGCUUGGGUCGCGUGGUGCGGAAGCUCGACCGUUAUCUUGAAUAUGGGGCUGCCAUGCUCAUCUUACUCUUGUGCUUCUACAUGCUAGUCGCGCAUUGGCUUGCCUGCAUAUGGUACAGUAUAGGUAAGAGUGACGCUGACAACGGGAUCCAGUACUCAUGGCUAUGGAAGCUAGCGAACGUGACGCAGACCCCGUAUGCCUACACGGUGUCCAACGGGUCCAACACUCUCGAGCUUAUUAACGGUCCUAGUAAGAAGACUAUGUACGUAACGUCACUCUACUUCACCAUGACCUGCAUGACGUCGGUUGGAUUCGGCAACGUAGCUGCCGAAACAGACAAUGAAAAGAUCUUCACUAUAUGCAUGAUGAUCAUAGCAGCUCUUCUCUACGCCACCAUCUUCGGUCACGUGACCACCAUCAUUCAGCAGAUGACGUCAGCGACCGCCAAGUACCACGAGAUGCUCAACAACGUGAGGGAGUUCAUGAAGCUGCACGAGGUUCCGAAGGCUCUUUCUGAGCGGGUCAUGGACUACGUCGUUUCCACGUGGGCUAUGACAAAGGGCAUAGAUACCAACAAGGUAGAAAACGAGAUUCAGAAGGGACAAGGGCGUCGGUGGCUCUGGUACGCCCAACAGCGCAUCCUCAGACCUUGUGGGUGUAAGUGGGCGGGACUUGGAACGAGGCUCCGGUGAACGCUCGGACUCUGAGGUGGCCGGCACAACAGAAGCUCUCAAGGUAGUGAAAAUGCCGCCAGCCCGAAUGAAUAACAUUUGUGAAACGAACGGACCUCGAAAGUGGAAGAACAUAUUUGGGAGAAAUGAAGGAGGCGAGGACGAUGGAUCCACGACCGACGAGUGCAAUAAGAAGAAUCUAAUGCAGGACGGGGUACUGCGGAGCCUGGGCGUCAAACAUAACACCAACCUGUCCAAGAGAGCCAACACUUCCGCCACCAUCACACCAAGCACUGCCAACAACAACCACAACAACAACAAUAAUAACAACAGUACGAAAGCAGUGGUGAAGAAGGACACUCUUGCCCUCGAAGGAAACACAAAGUUCCACGUCAAUAAGCUGGAUUCGUCAGACACGGGGGGCGGGCGCGACCAGAAGAAUAAGGACAAUGAGUCCGGUUAUGUCACGGAUUUCAGCGGCCACAGUCCGGUGGUCACGGCCGCCGACUGCCAGCAGAUCAUUGCAAGCCUCAUGGACUUCAAGGUCGAUCUAAAGAUUGAAAUUCAGAGGAUGAAUCAGAAAUUAACUCGUUUAGAAGACAACAUGAGUGACGUCAUGACCCGCAUGAACCAUGUGCAGCGCUCAACGUCCCAGCCUGUGAGCGUGAGACCUUCCGACGAGCCACUUAGGGUAACGCGGCGAGACAGACCCACGGCCGCUGCGGUGGACCCCACCCCAGACCCUGAUGAGUCUAAGCCAUUUUUACCCAAAGUUACUGCCAGUGAAGAACCAAAAAAGCCUAAACGGCGAGACAAGAACCGCGCAAAGAGUGCCGGAACGCCCCGCACAUCACCCACCGAUUCCAACUCCCCAACCGAUUCAAUGGUGCGCGGGAUGCUUGAAGAGGAGAUUCAAGAGCAAGCAUCGUCUUCGCCGAGGGCCGAGGCUCCGGUGCCGCCGCGCUCACGUUCCAGGGAGUACCUCUGAGCUGUCCCAACUUCAGUCCUUGCCCUAAAAGAGAAAUGAAGUUAAAGCUAUACUGAGGCAUCCCUGCAUAUGGAUGAAAUAAUAAAUCUUCAAUAUUGCUAAUGUAAAUACAAAUAUGACCUAUCAUUUCUUUUAUUCCCUCUCUCUCUCUCUCU